GGAGCUGAGGAGACGAUGGAUCACUUUAAGCGAUACGGCUCCCCUGAGCCAGAUCCAUACCUGAGCUACCAAUGGAAGAGGCAGUCUUACGGUCAGGAGCACGAAGGGAGACUGCGAUACCCAUCUCAAAGGGAGCCUCCACCCCGGAGAUCUCGGUCCAGAAGCCAUGACCGCUUACCCUACCAGAGGCCAUACCAGGAGCGCCAUGAUAGCGACACAUACCGAUGUGAAGAGCAGAGCCCAUAUUUUCGAGAGGACUACUAUGGAUCUUCACGUUCCCAACAUCGUCGACGGUCCCGGGAUAGAGAGCCGUACGGAACCCGCAAACAUGCCCACCAUUUCUACAAACGCCGCACCAAGUCUUGUAGCAGUGCCUUCUCGAGAAGCCAACAGAGCAGUAAGCGCAGCAGCCGGAAUGUGGAAGAUGACAAGGAGGGCCACCUGGUGUGCCGGAUCGGCGAUUGGCUCCAAGAGCGAUAUGAGAUUGUGGGGAACCUGGGCGAAGGCACCUUUGGCAAGGUGGUGAAGUGCUUGGACCAUGCCAGAGGGAAGACUCCCGUUGCCCUGAAGAUCGUUCGCAACGUGGGCAAGUACCGGGAGGCUGCCCGGCUAGAAAUCAAUGUUCUCAAAAAAAUCAAAGAAAAGGACAAAGAGAACAAGUUCUUGUGCGUCGUGAUGUCUGACUGGUUCAACUUCCACGGUCACAUAUGCAUCGCUUUUGGGCUCCUGGGCAAGGACACCUUUGAGUUCAUGAAGGAGAAUAAUUUCCAGCCUUACCCCCUACCACAUGUCCGGCACAUGGCUUACCAGCUCUGCCACGCCCUUAGAUUUGUACAUGAGAACCAACUGACCCACACAGACUUAAAGCCAGAGAACAUCCUGUUUGUGAAUUCUGAGUUUGAAACGUUCUACAAUGAGCACAAGAACUGUGAGGAGAAGUCCGUGAAGAACACCAGCAUCCGAGUUGCUGACUUCGGCAGCGCUACCUUUGACCAUGAGCAUCACAGCACCAUUGUGGCCACUCGUCAUUACCGCCCACCUGAGGUGAUCCUUGAGCUGGGCUGGGCACAGCCCUGUGAUGUCUGGAGCAUUGGCUGCAUUCUCUUCGAGUACUACCGGGGCUUCACACUCUUCCAGACCCAUGAAAACCGAGAGCAUUUGGUGAUGAUGGAGAAGAUCCUAGGGCCCAUCCCAUCACACAUGAUCCACCAAACUAGGAAGCAGAAAUAUUUCUACAAAGGCAGCCUGAUUUGGGAUGAGAACAGCUCUGAUGGCCAGUAUGUGAAGGAGAACUGCAAACCUCUGAAGAGUUACAUGCUCCAAAACUCCCUGGAGCACGUGCUGCUGUUUGACCUGAUAAAGAGGAUGUUAGAGUUUGACCCAGACCAGCGCAUCACACUGGCAGACGCCCUGCUGCACCCCUUCUUUGCUGGCCUGACCCCUGAGGAGCGGUCCUUCCACACCAGCUGCAACCCCAGCAUCUGACAGGCACAGGCCACUACAUGAGGAGAUGGAACUGGGCUGCCUGGCCCUCUUUCUCCAACCUCUCACCACCGGGCCCCAGGCCAGAGCCACCCAGUGAACAGUGCAAUGUGAAGGAAGGCAAGCGACAUGCCCAGCUGCCAGAAAGCACAGAUUUGAC